UGCCAUCACCACAGAAACGCUGUGCUUUUUAGUUUUAAAGAUAUUUUCAAACGCAAAGAUUUAAAAUGGCACAAUGCUUAGUUAGGUGGAAACAUUUUGCAAAGCAAAGUGCGAGAUAUGGAUUUGGUCCACAUGGUGGUCUACUUCUUAAAAGAUCGUCUUUGGCCAGCCUGGUGAAAUAUGAUGACAUUGACAAUUUAUUCAGAUUGAGCAGGGGAGUAAGAAGAUCGCUAACCACCGUGACCUCUGGAAUCCAGGCUGGAUUCCGUGAGAAGAGUAACAUCAUCUUAAUGGGAAGUCCAGGCUGUGGAAAGACCACCGUGGGUAGAAUUCUGGCUCGUAAACUUGGCUGGCCUGUGGUCGACUUUGACAAUGACUAUUUAGAGAGACACUGGAACAUGACUGUGGCUGAAAAGCUAACUGAAGUUGGUCCUGAUAACUUUGUGGCUGCUGAAGGAGAAGCCUUGUUGAAGUUGGACCUAAGCAGCAGCAUUCUCUCCCUAAGUGGAUCGGUUCCCAUGCACAGACAGUCACUGCAACAUGCUGCCCAAACGGGGCUCGUCAUUUUCCUGGAUGUUGAUGAACACGACAUCGCAGAACGUCUGAACCGGAUGAAGGUUGACCGCAUUGUCGGACAAUCACCAGGAGCCUCGAUGCUAGACCUGCUCAGAUUCAGACAACAGUUCUACGAGGGGGUCUACGAUGUUAGAAUCAUCUGUGAGAGGUUUGAAGACCCCGAGAAAGUUACCGAGAAAGUCCUACUCGCUCUCGAGGACUACCGGAAGAGCUACCAAUACAUUUCUACCCGGAACCAACGUGAUGAAUCAUCGCCUUCUCAGGAACCUGCUUUCAAAGACGUGGUCUUGCAAGGUCUAGCUGGGGAUGGAGGGCUGUACGUUCCAGACAGGGCAUUUCCAUGUUUAAACGUUAGACAGUGGGAAAGGAUUCUCAGAUGCACCUAUCAGGAGAGAGCCCAGCGGAUUCUUGAACGAUGGAUUCAUCCUACGGACAUUCAUCCAACGUCUCUUGCUGAUGCCGUCCAUCAGGCAUAUUCGUCAGAGACAUUUGAGAGUGAGAGUAUCGUUCCAGUUUUUCAUCUUCAAGACAAUCAAUACGUCAUGGAGGUAUUUCACGGACCGACAGCUUCUUUUAAGGAUUCAGCUCUUCAGAUAAUGCCACAGUUCUUCACACAAGCUGUAUUGAGAAAAGAAGAAACCGAAAGAUAUCUAAUUAUUGUGGCAACAUCUGGUGAUACUGGUAGUGCAGUGCUUGAUGGAUUCAGCAAGUUUGCCGGUUCAAGUGGUAGUAUGGUGAUGGUCUUGUACCCAGAGGAUGGUAUCAGUGAAGUACAGAAGUCACUCAUGACGGCAGCCACUGGGACCAAUGUACAUGUUGUAGGUGUGGAGACUGAUUUUGAUUUCUGCCAGACUGCCAUCAAAGAAAUCUUCAAUGAUGUCGCCCUCAACAACAAUCUACUAGCCAAUCAUGGAGUGCGAUUAAGCGCAGCCAAUUCCAUCAACUGGGGGCGCUUAGUGCCCCAAGUGGUGCACCACGCAUCUGCAUAUCUGGACCUUGCGCAACGAGGAGUGAUAUCGAUUGGUGAGGAGUGCGAUAUCUGUAUACCUACGGGGAACUUUGGGAACAUACUAGCUGCCAUUUAUGCCAAGUCCAUGGGAAUUCCUUUCCGCAAGUUCAUCUGUGCAUCAAAUGAAAACAACGUCUUGACUGAGUUUAUCCAAACAGGUUGCUAUGACCUUCGACACCGUCAUUUGCAUGUUACCAUGGCACCUGCCAUUGAUAUCCUCAAGUCUUCCAAUCUAGAAAGGUUUUUGUAUCUUGUUACUGAUGGUGAUAGUGCAGAGGUGAAUCGAUGCUUUGAGCAGCUCGGCAAACAGAAUUACUUUAAAGUUUCUCCUCGGAUUCUAGAGCGAAUCCAAGAUGAGUUUGGUCUUGUCGCAGAUUGCUGCAAAGAAGAAGAAUAUUCGGCCACCAUCAAGAAGACUUUCUCUCAAACAGGGUAUCUGAUGGACCCCCACACAGCAGUAGCCAAGACAGUUGCCAACCGCCUAAGACCUCGAGAUCGUCCGCUCAUCCUCUGCUCCACAGCUCACUACGGCAAAUUCCCCAGCGACGUCUUGAAAUCCCUCGGACACCAAACCUCUUCUUCAGAUCACCCACUGAAGAGUAUAGCGGACCUUGAGAAGUUAGACCCUCAGCCGGGAAUGCAUAGACAAUUAAAACAGUCGUUGACGAGACCCAGGCAGCAUCACACGGUGCUUGGUGCAACCAGUGAAGAGAUCGUUGAUGAAAUACAAGACUUUCUCUCUAGGGCUUCUCAUCCUUCUUCAUCUCUGAAUUCUUGAGGGCUUGACUAGUAGCAUCAUUGUUUCUUGAGACCAAGAUUUUUAGAGCUUGACUAGGUUUACCUUUCUUGAGACGGAGGGUGGUGAGGGCAUCUCUUGGGAAGAUCAUUGAAUAAGGCAUCUGCACUAAGUGCAGUCCAAAGACCGUUUUGGUUUCCAUUUUUCAGUGCAGACAAUCUCAUAGCAUUUAAAACAUAAUAAAAAUUGGUGAGUGAACGCCUAACAUCACAAGGACGGACGACCACUUUAAGGUGAGGGCUAUUGACCAACUCCUCCUGGGGCUGAUACAAGGUUACCCUCUUCACAGUCUUUAAGGAAGUAGCAUUGAAUCCGGCUAGAUAUAUACACACCGGAAGGCCUGGAAUUGCACAGUGGCAUCUGUUGUCCUGGG